AUGUCUAAAGAAAAAAAUUGUCAACGGUAUUUUGCUAUAAGUAAAAAAAUGCCUAAAGAUGUGAAGCGCCAUUGCGGAAUGUGCCGACAACAUGGAAUGCUUGUGGAAACGCGUGGCCAUAAUUGUAACCGGAAAAACUGCAGCUGCUCAAGAUGUUUGCUGAUACGUCAACGUCGAAAAAUUAUGAGCAUGCAGAUUCGUAUACGCCGUGCGCAAGAUAAAAUAUUCCAGCGUACUUCGGAAUUCACUCAAGCUACUAUCAUUCCACAGAAUUACUUUGACAAAAAUGAUGCAGUGGCUUACUAUCUUAGAAAUGAAACUAAAACAAGUACCACAACCCAAAAUCAAUGCUAUAUCUGUCAAAAAUGCAAAAAUCAUGGUGUUUUGGUUUGGAAAAAGGAACACAAACGACAUUGCUUAUAUGCAAACUGCAAUUGUGAUCAAUGUGAAUUGAUUGAAAAGAGGCGCAAAUUGGACCAAAUUUUGAAGGCCUCAAAACUUAGAUUCAAUGAACACAAAGAAAAGCAGAAAAGUCAUAAGCCAAUAUCAGUAAAUUCAAUUACCGAUUCAAAUGUGUUAUCAAUACUUGCCAACUUCGACAAUCAGCUGUCAAGGCAAACUUAUGAUCAAGAUAUUACUGAAAUAUCAAUUCCUCAGUUGGAAUCAUCAUUUUACACGCUGCUGAGAAGAUCUCAAUCUUCACCUCAAACGAACAUAUCAAUUAUAAAUUUCGAUGAAUCCAAAAAAUUCGAUACAAUAUCGCCGAAUAGUUUGGCAUAUCCCAUCUCACUUAGACCACAAUCUUUUUUAUUACCUGUUGCAAAUAUGCCAAUGAUCUGUAUUUUGUACAAUCCAAUUGAUGUUAUUUUAAAUACUCUUGCAAUAAUGCAAUUUACACUUGGUAUUCUUUAA